UCGAAAAUGGUAGAGUCUAUAAAAAUAAAAAAAACAACACAACACAGCACUCUAGCGUAAAGAACAUCAAAAUGAUUAAGAAAAAAGCCUCGAAAAAAGAGAAGCAAAUGACAUCAAGUUCCAGUCCACAAGUCCAAAAAAAGGACUUUUCUAAGGUUGUUUUUGAAAAAGGAAGUGUGUUCAUACAUACCACGCAAGGUGAAGGAAAAGAUGAUGUGCUACUUGGAGGAAAAGUUAACCUCAUAUCAAAGAGUGAAGGGGCUUUCAUAGAUUGGCAUCCAUUAUCUGAAUGUGACUUUGAAGAUGAUCAUCCUGAAACAGACUGGACUGUAGUUAAUACUGUUGGCUACAAAAAGGCAGAAACUGAAAAUAUUUCUGUCCAUCAGGCUCGUAAGAAAAGCAAAUAUGCAAUGACAUUUAGCCUACAUGAUGUAAAGAGUAUACGUAGAUCUAAGCCAGACUUAGGCUGGGCUUAUCUAUUGUUUACCCUCAAUGAUAAUGUCAGCCUGCCUGCCCUGCACUUUCAUGAUGGUGGAAGCUCUGUUAUGCUGAGGAAAAUAGAAAAAUAUGUCACACUAACAAGAUGUCCGACUGAUAUACGUCUGUUUACAGUAACACCUCACAACUCGGCAGCAUUAACAAGAUCCAUUGAUGAGCUACAAGUGCUGGGAGAACAUUCAGCAAAUUAUGUCCAUAAUUUUUUCAAAGAUCCUACUGUCAUCAUGGGUGGCUUCUCCAAAGUGACCAACUUUGUCCGAGACACUCUUAGUGGUCAACCAGCUCAAAAAUUCCGGCCAUUUGAUGAAUAUGCUGAGCUUAUGCCUGAUAUGAUAGGACUGACCAUUGAACCAUCAUUAGCCAACCAAGCAUCGUAUGAAAUGAUUGCUGAGAGAAAACUUGGUCCAAGGCCUGAAGUGACCAGAGGAGGCACAGUGACCCCUAAUGAAUGGGCUGGCCAUGUGGAUUCAGAAGGUAGAAUAGUUGAUGUUGAUGGCUUGAAAGAGAAGAUAUUCAGAGGUGGAUUAUGUGCCUCAUUGAGGCAGGAAGCAUGGAAGUUUCUCUUGGGGUAUUUUGACUGGAAUUCAACAACCAAAGAAAGAAAGCUCCUCAGGAAAAAGAAAGAAGAUGAGUAUUUUUGUAUGAAAGCCCAGUGGAAGACUAUAUCAGAAGACCAAGAAAAAAGGUUUGGAAUUUUACGAGAAAGAAGAAAUGUAGUUGAUAAGGAUGUUCUGCGUACAGACAGAAUGCACCCCUACUAUGCAGGUGACAACAACCCUCACUUGGAGAUGCUAUAUGAUAAUCUUAUGACCUACUGCCAGUAUAACUUUGAUCUAGGUUAUGUGCAGGGUAUGAGUGACAUGUUGUCACCAAUCCUACAGAUCAUGGAUGAUGAAGUUGAUGCAUUUUGGUGUUUUUCAGGUUUUAUGGAUCAACCGGGAAUGAUGAGCAAUUUUGACCUCGACCAAGCUGGGAUGAAGAAACAGCUUAUACAGCUUAGUACCCUAUUGCAGUUUUUAGAUCCAGAUUUGUUUGUGUACUUAGAUUCUAAAGAAUGUAGCAAUAUGUAUUUCUGCUUCCGGUGGCUGCUCAUACGUUUCAAACGAGAAUUCACAUAUGAGGAUAUAAGCCUGUAUUGGGAGAUGAUGUGGACUGGCUUACCCUGUAACAACUUUCACCUUCUCAUGUGUCUGGCUAUCUUAGAUACAGAAAAAGAUACAAUGAUCCAAGAGGAUUUUGGAUUUAAUGAAAUUCUAAAGCACAUUAAUGGACUCUCAUUAAAGAUUGACAUGGAGGACACGCUCAAGAAAGCUGAGGGCAUUUACCUGCAGCUGCGUGAGUGUGAGAAUCUUCCUCUUGCCAUCAAAGAGAUCAUUGAGGUUAUUCCUGAUACCAGCCUACGAGAUUCUGACAGCAGUAGCAUUGAGAUCCUCGAUGAUGUGGUGUCAGAUGAUGUCAAUGGUAAAACAGGACCUCAAUCAACGACGACGACAACAGAAUCACCAAAUCCUUAAGUCUAAACUUCUUUUAGGGAUACUGCACUUUGAAGGUAUUAAUUAAACUGUUCCAUUAUCCCUCAUAGGGGUGUUAUGUUAAUCCAGUAACAAUAUUAAUAAAUUAUUAUGGUCGUGAUGGAAACAUUAAUGUUAUCAUCUGAUUAAGUUGGUAAUUCCCAGCUAUAGGUUUUUAAGCCAAUGAGCAUCACUUGAAAUUAGCAUACAAUAAAGAACUGUUGAUAGCAUGUGACAUGAAAUAUGAUGACCAAAAGGAAGAGAAAUUUAGCCUCCUAAUAUAACAUAAUUAAUGAAUAAACUCUUGACUCUCAGCCAUCUUGUAAAUAUGUUGAAACCUAUGCUAUUUUGCCUAAUGCACUAUAAUCUAGUAAAAUAAAGAUUGCUAUUAGAAUUUUAAAAUUUAUAUUGUUAACAUUGCACCUUUGAACAGUAGGCUAAAAGAAAAUGUGCUAUGUUUCCUAAGCUAAGUGACAUUUCAAAAGAUAUAUUUUUGCCAAAAAAAAAAAAAAAUGCCAAACCCUACAUUUUCAAGAUUUUGGGUUUAGUUGGUCCGACUUGGACAACACAUAGGAGGUUUUUUUCUGCCUUGUUAUAUUGCCCCUAGAAUUGUAUUAUCACAUGGUGAGUUAGUAUUGUUGAUUGUAAAUUAUAGAUAUUAUUAGACCCUACCCACCUUUAAACUUCAUAUAUAUAUAUAUAUAUAUAUAUAUAUAUAUAUAUAUAUAUAUAUAUAUAAUGUAAUCUAUGUAUAAUGUAAAAGCAAUGAAAAAAUGAUGUACAAUCAUUGAAGGUUAAAUUGCAGAACACUAAUAUAGCAAAAUCAAAUGGAUAUUUCAAUAGCUCCUGCUAUCUUUAUCAAUGUUAAAGUCACUUUAGCAUUGAUAAAGAUAGCAGGAGCUAUCAAAAUAUUCGUUUGAUUUUGAUAUAUUUUAAUAAAUCUGUGUUUUGACUUUUUAUUGUUUCAAUUCAAACAAAUUUAUAUAGCAAUUGUGUAUUGUAUACACUAUGCAAACCUAGCAACAUCACUAGACAAAGCUUAAGUAAAGUAAGCAAGUAAUUGUGUAUUGUGAGAGCUGACAAAUUUCAGCUUUUUGUUCCUAAAUUAUGUUAUUGACUUCCAUAAUUUAAUUUAAUUUCAAUAUUAUGUAAAUACUUUUUAAUGAUAUAUAAUAUGCAAUAAACAGUAAUGUAUUUUCUAUUUAGCUUUAAAAUCAAGUUAUUUUUAUUAUAUAUCAUAUAUUGUGCUCUAGGUUUAUACUGUAAAACCCCUAUUACUGUUGGUUAAGCUUAGCGCACACUGUAUUGUCCAGCCGAUGGCCGACCAUGCUAUAUGUGAGCGUUUUCCCAAUGUAGUGCCCAUUCACUUUUAUGAGUGGGUUGUGACUGUAAAUGAAUCAUUGUGCUUUGCAUCAUUGUUCCGUGACAUACUGCGCUGAUCGCCUCAGUCUGCCAUCAAGAAUCAGCAUAUGGUAUCGUGUUACGACCAUUGUACAAUGCAGGGUGUGUGCCUGGCCUCUGGUAAUCGUGUUGGCUGCCGAUGCCGUGCAGUGUGCAUUUAGCUUAAAGACAAUGUGCUUCGGGUUUAAAAGCAUUUUAAUUUCAAUAUCUGAAUCAUGAGUCAUCUUUGGCAUUAAUUCACAAGAAAUAAUAUUACGUUAAUAUGAUAUUUGUACAUAUGCAUGAUGACACAUACAUACACACCUAUUCAAUUUGUUUAUUUUAAUUAGAGCCCACACACAUGCACCAAGGAUUGCUAAAUAGCGAAUAUAUCACUGUCCUACAAUCCCUUUCACAAGACAAAUGCCCACACAUUAUGCUUCACACAAACUAAAUCUCAAUGUGAGGCUUAGGGAGUCGAGUUAUUUUUAUUUGUGAGAAAAAUCCUGCAACAGGAUUGGAAGACAAGCACCAAGUUAUUUAACUACAUUCAAAUAAUACACUAUUCUAGGAACAGGGAAAUAUAAGGUACAGUAGUUGCCAUUGUUUUAUAUUUAAUUUUAUGUAGUAAAGCAUCAGUAUCUUUAGCCUCCUUUUGGUUCUAUUAAUUCCACUUUCUUACUCUUUAAAUCUGUAUUAGUGUUUAUGGUUAUUUGAUAUCACAAUCAUUGUCUUUUAUUGAUUGCGACAAAGUUGUUAUUCUGUAAAACCUACUCAAGGUACGAGGAAAGAGAAGCUAAAUGUAGGUUGUUACCAUUGUGUUAUAUUGAUCAAAUGUUAUGCAUUCUGGAUUUUAUCUGUAACGUAAAUCUUCAAGUCAGUUCAGUCUUAAGAUGCAAUUAUUUUAAUUUUUCUCCCUUUUUAAAUUUGUAUUAAUGUUUAUGGCAACCAUUGUCUCUUUUUCGUGGUAACAACCUAAACGCUACUCUAGGUUUCUAAAUAUAGGUGGAUACCAUUGUGUUACAGUGAUCUGAUUUUACAAAGUGUAUAUUUUACUGUCUAUAAUUCAAAUAUACCUUUUCUUGACUUCAGUGUGCUCUCACUAAUAAUCACAAAAUUGCUUUGUAAAUUUGUAGGUAAACAUAUAUUGCUGUUAUUCUGGCUAGAUAUUCACUACUUUAAUUUUAUGAACACUAUAGCCUGUCAAGAUGGUAAAGGUUAGAUUUCAGAUUUACUACUCUUUAAGUAUAUAUUAAUAUUUAUGAAAGUUCGAUAUAUUAAUUAUCAUCCUUUUUGGUCGCAGUCGAGUUAUCUUCAAACCAGGAUUUAUAGUACAUUAAGAUGUUAUUUUAAUCAUGGAGGUAUACCUCCAUGUUUUUUAACCAAGGAGGUAAUUUUGCUGUUGUAAAAAAAAUGUAAUUACGUAGAUCCAUACAUUACUGUCAUUGGCAUAUCUUGGUCACAGUCAGUUUAUAUUCCACGCAUAUUAAUGACGUCAUUUGAUAACUUCUCUUAGGUCUUAAAAUGAUUUAUACCACAUUAAGAUGUUACUCUCAUCAUAUGGAAAGCUAAUGAAUUCUUUGGUGAAAAAAAAGCAUACAUUUAAGUACGCCCAUGCAUAGAUGCUUUGGAAGUGAGUUAACAAAAUGCAUUGUUAUUUUCAAUAGCAUUUAUCAUCACAGUUAUUUAUCCGACUUUAUUUUGGUAAUAGAUAAUAAGUCACUCUGUUAUAUUAGUCUGUAGAAUAAUCAAUCAGAGAAAACAGUCAGCACUUAAGUGAUUAAUACUAAUUUAUUGAACACUUUAUCUAAAAAACUCUGCAUUUCAUUUAUAAAGCAGUAAUUUACAACUGAAUUUAUAAAAAAAUACCUUUACACGUAGGCUGUACUGUACUAUCAUGUCUUGCAUGAAAGUCGCGUGGUUAAACAAUUACGAAAACGUUUAAUAUAAUUGAACAAAUAAAUAACAUAACAUACUAUACAAAAAUCAACUACUAUGUGGUGUGGCUAUAGACAUUGUUAUUUUUCUUUUCUGUUUGGUGUUUGUGGCUGCCAACAUUUGUACAGGAACCUGGUUCCUCAUUGAUUUCAACCUCCUCUUGUAUUUAAGAAAACAAACAUGGACAUUUAUGAAUUAUAUUUAUGUUGACAUGCGUUUAACCAUAAUCUUACAUUCUCUAGUCUAACCUUUGUACAAUUUCAUUUAAAAAUUUAAUACAGUAUAUACCAAUAAAAAAAAUAAUUUAUUUGCUUUUGCUUA